AUGUCACCAGUGGAAACGGUAUCCGGUCCCGCACGAGGGUUGACCGCCUUUUCCGAACCUUACGUAUUGAUGGCUGCCGAGUGGUGGCCUUACAAAGUGAACGGUGUCCCGGUCUUCGAAGUCCUUAGCGGUAACUGUCGAUGUAAACCAAUUGCGUCGGAAGCGAGGAUGGGAGAUUUGCCGCCUCCUCGGGUAGUGCCGUCGCGACCAUUUUUUAAUUGCUGGGUUGACUACGCCGGUCCACUAACAGUGCGGGAAGGUAAACGUCGGAACGCUCGAAAUACUAAGGCAUACGUGUCUGUAUUUGUAUGCUUAGCCACUAAGGCAAUUCACCUUGAGCUGGUGAGCGACUUAACGACGGAGGCCUUCUUAGCCGCCCUUAAGCGUUUUAUUUCGCGACGGGGCAAACCAUUAGCAAUGUACUCAGAUAACGGUACAAAUUUUAAGGGAGCGUCACAACAGCUCACAGAGCUGCACGCGUUUUGCAAUGCAAACGAGAGACGAGAGGAAAUAAAACGUUUUUGUUGUGAUUCCGAAAUGUCGUGGCAUUUUAUUCCACCAGGCGCGUCGCAUUUCGGUGGUCUAUGGGAGGCGGCGAUAAAGUCCGCGAAGCAUCAUCUUCAUCGUAUCGUAGGUAACGCGCAUCUAACUUUUGAGGAAUUGCAAACUGUUCUUUGUGAAAUAGAGGCUAUACUUAAUUCACGUCCAUUAACGCCGCUGAGUUCUGAUCCGAAUGAUUUAACUUAUAUCACACCGGGACAUUUUUUGAUUGGUGACGCGUUAAACGGAGUCGAGCAGCUCCAACAACACUUUUGGAAUUGGUGGAGCCGCGAAUACUUAAAUAAUUUGCAGCAGCGGCACAAAUGGAAGGAGAAUAAGGGCGAGCAGCUGUCGAUCGGCCGAAUGGUGCUCGUGGGGCGGUCUGCAAUACUACCAAUGCAAUGGAUACUUGGCCGAGUAAGCGAGACGCAUCCUGGAACCGACAGCGUCGUAAGAUCGGCUACUAUAAUCACAUCCAAGGGAAGCAUCAUCCGACCAUUGUCCAGGCUUGCAAUAUUGUCGCUGGAGGAAGACAAAUGA